AUGACGCUCUUGAAAGGAGCAUGGGUAGGUGGAGUAAGAUUCGGCGUAGGUGGCGGUGGCGGUGUCGGUGGGAUGGGGGAUGAUUCCAGCGAGUUCGAUUCCAUUUCGAGAGACGAACAUCUCUCCUCCGUCCACAGCAUCCGUAGCGGUAUUCUCCCCUCGCUCGGUUCUCAAUCUACUCGGAGCGUCAAGCUUCGCCCCUUCACCAUCAACCCUUUACAUCAUCGUUACAGACUUUGGCAGGUAUUUCUAGUUGUGCUUGUGUUUUACACAGCCUGGGUUUCUCCAUUUGAGUUUGGAUUUCUGGAUUCACCUGCGCGUGUUCUCUCUAUCGCUGAUAAUGUAGUCAAUGCUUUCUUUGCCUUUGACAUUGGUUUAACCUUCUUUGUCGCCUACCUGGAUAAAAUUAGCUACCUUCUUAUUGAUGAUCGUAAUCGUAUUGCUUGGAGAUAUUUAACAACAUGGUUCGUGUUUGAUGUCAUUUCCUCCAUUCCUUCUGAAAUUGGUAGGAAAAUGUUUCCUAGUUCCCUCCAUCCUUAUGGCUACUUCAAUAUGCUUAGACUUUGGCGUCUUCGAAGAGUUGGUGAUCUAUUUGGAAGGUUGGAGAAAGAUCGAAAUUUCAACUAUUUCUGGGUUCGAGUUGCAAGGCUUGUUUGUGUAACACUGUUUUCAGUUCACUUAUCUGCGUGUUGUUUGUAUCUUAUUGCACACCGUUAUGAGGAUCAGUCUGCUACAUGGUUGGCUCUUGAUGCGAGUGCUGCUAGAGAAAGCAUACCAAGACUUUAUGUAAGAGCAAUUUAUUGGAGUACAACCACAUUGACUACUACUGGUUAUGGUGAUAUUCAUGCUGUGAAUUGGAAGGAAAUGUUGUUUUCCACUUGCUUUAUGUUGUUCAAUAUGGGGUUGAGUGCAUAUCUCCUUGGAAACAUGACAACUUUAAUUGUUGAAAGGACUGGUCGAACAAGGAGGUUUAGAGAGACGAUUCAAGCGGCAUCAGGGUUUGCACAAAGGAACCAUUUGCCUCCACGUUUGCAAGAUCAGAUGCUUGCUCAUUUAUGUCUGAAAUACCGAGCUGACUCAGAAUGGUUGCAACAACAAGAAAUUAUUGAUUUGCUUCCAAAAGCUAUUCAAUCGAGUAUUUCAAAUUUUCUAUUUUAUGGGCUUGUUGAUCAAGUGUACUUGUUUAAUGGUGUGUCAAAUGACACGCUGUUUCAACUGGUAUCAGAGAUGAGAGCCGAGUAUUUUCCACCCAAAGAAGAUGUGAUCUUGCAAAAUGAAGCUCCAACAGAUUUCUACAUUUUGGUAUCUGGUGCUGUGGAGAUAAUCUCUCGGAGAUUUGGAGUUGAACAGGUUGUUAGAGAGUUAAAAGCUGGGGAGGUGUGUGGUGAAAUAGGUGUGCUUUGUUAUAGGCCACAAGUAUUUACAGUUAGAACAAAACGAUUGAGCCAGCUGUUAAGAUUGAAUCGCACUCAAUUUCGCAACAUUAUCCAGUCAAAUGUUGCAGAUGGGACAAUAAUUAUUAACAAUCUUCUUCAGCAUUUGAAAGAAAAAUCAGACCCAAUAAUGGAAGCAGUAUUGGCAGAUAUAGAAAAUAUGUUGUCUCAAGGAAGAAUGGAUGUGCCUUUAAGUUUAUGUUUUGCAGUUUCAAGAGGUGAUGAUGUUUUGUUACAUAAAUUGCUUAGACGAGGUGGCCUUGAUGCAAAUGAGGUCGACCAUGCUGGACGCACAGUUCUUAAUCUUGCAGCCGCUAGUGGAAGUUUGGAAUGUGUGCUUUUACUCUUGGAUUAUGGAGCAGAUCCAAAUAGAAGAGAUACCGAUGGAAACGUUCCCCUAUGGAGUGCGAUAGUAGGGCGAAACGAAUCCGUGAUAAAACUACUCGUAGACAACGGUGCAAACCUAAGCAACGGUGACGUAGGCGAAUUCGCUUCAUUUGCCGUGGAACAAAACAGCAUCGAAAUGCUACAAGACAUAAUCAAACACGGCGGUGACAUCACGGUUAGAAACAGUAUGGGGACCACCGCGCUCCACAAGGCCAUAUCCGAAGAGAAAACGUCUGUAGUCGAGUUUUUAAUCAAUCACGGAUGCAACAUCGACAUGCCGGAUGUCCACGGGUGGACCCCGCGUGACUUGGCACAUCAUCAAGCACAUGAAGAUAUUUUGGAUAUGUUUAGGAAAAGACCCUCGCCUAAGGAGAAGCCACGGAGGAGAAAAACCAAACUUGAUGGUGCGUCGUAUCUUAAGAAGUACCAAAGUGAGCCGCGGAUGCUGCAUUUGCCUACGGAGUUGCCGAGGCUUUCGUCUGCGGGCGUGCAAGAGAGUAGGAAACGGCCCGAUGAUUUUAGUAAUUCGCUUUUUGGGAUCGUUUCGUCUGCUAGUCGGAAACAAAGUGCAGGUGAUAUAAGUUUUAUACCGGCACCACUACCUCCCGGAGGCGAUAAAAUUGCUAGAGUGACAAUUAGUUGUCCGGAGGCAAAUGAACAAGUAGGGAAACUUAUACGCCUUCCCGGAUCUCUUCAAGACAUACUUAAUAUCGGUGCCCAAAAAUUUUCCAUUACUCCUACAAAAGUUCUAAAUAAAGAUGGAGUUCAAAUUGAAGAUAUACAGCUCAUUAGAGAUGGUGAUCAUCUUGUCCUUAAAACUUGA